UAGACCUAAUGUUGGUGAACACCAUCAUAGACGGGCAUUUAAUCAUCAGUUCAGCAAGUGCUUGAAGGCCCGCAGAUACAAAAUAAAGAAUUACUAUGAUGGCUUUAAAAACGCUGAGCUUGCUCGGCGUAACCCAUUUAAAGGUGUUCCCAACGAGCAUUGGAAUUUAUUGUGCGACAGAUACAGUUCUGAGAAGUGUGUGAAUCGCAGUGAGACAAACAAAAAGAAUAGGGACAAGGUGAAGACUAAGAAUUAUGGUGGCUCGAAAGUGUAUGUUCAGUACCUGGAUGAGAUGCUUAAUAAUGAAACUGGGGAAGAUGGAAGUGUGAUUGAAUUCUAUGCAAAAUCACAUAUCAAGGAAAAUGGGGAAUCUAUUGAUGAAGAGGCUGAGAAGAAUUAUGCUAGAAUGCUAGAAAUGAAAAAAGUUGCAAUUGAAAUUGGAGAAGUAAUAACCCACGAGAAAGAGGAAGAAAUAAUGCUUGAAGUGCUAGGGAAUAAGUGUUCAUUUUUAAAUGGGCCUAAUAAGGAUAUGCCAACUUUGUCAAUCCGUGCUACUCAAAAAGAUGUGGAUGCAGCUAAUGCUAGGGCCGACAAAGCAGAAACGAAUAUGGACGAGAUGAGACAAGAGGUGCAAGGGAUGAGGGAAGACAUGCAGCAACAAAUUCAAGAGAAAGUGAAAGAGGCAAUGCUUGCUUUUAUUGCAAAUAUUGGGCAGCCUUCCCUUGCACCCCAAAAUUAAUCUACUUUAGAGUUUUAGAAGGACAACUUUUUAAAAUUAAUUAGGUCUAAUAUUUUAGGACUUUGAAUACUUUCUUGCAGUUUCUUGUUUUUUAAUAGUAAACCUAUUAUUUUUGGGAUGAUGCAUCAAUAUUCCUUAUGCCCUCUUUCUCUCAAAUUGUUUGAAAACUCUCUUGUUUCACAUUGGAUAUGGUUUUUGGAAGGAUAAUUUAUGGUAGUUCGUCUUGUUAAGAGAGUUGCUUCUUAAUUUGUUGGAGUGUUCUAUGGCAGAAAAAAUUUGCUUUAUUCUUUGGACUAGGAAUUAAUGCUGAAGUUGAGCGAUUAAUUGGGAUGACAUGAAGAAAAUGAAGUAUUCAUGACAACGACGAACUAAAGUGAUGAGAUUCCAUACGAAGAACUUUGAGGUGCUGCCAUAGAGGGAGAGUUAGGAGUUUGCUUUUAUGUUUUAGUUUGGUCUUUAAUUUGUAUUAGACAAUUGGAAAUUUAGUUUAUAUUUUGACUCAGAAUUGAACAAAUGUAGAAAUUUAUUCAAAUUGAUGUUAAUUUUGUAUUUGAACUCAGAAUUAUUAUGUAUUGCAUAAUAAAAUUUAAUGUUA